UCCUGACUGAUUUUGGUACCACCUUCAUUUGCUUGCAUGAGAAGAGCAGUGAGUAGUACCCCGUCCAAAUACAGGCAAAGGGUUUUUUUUGCUAUUUGUUUUGUUUCCUCUGCCUGGAGUGAAACUGGACAUGGUAUUUAGCCCACCUCUCCUGAGCAAUUUGGUGAUCUUAGCCUCCAGGUACCAGACAGAUUGGCCCAGUUCUUACACCCAUCCCCGCACUUCUGAUGUCCCGGAGGAGGGCAAAGGGAGUCUCUUAGAUGCUUAAAUCUUUAAUGGCAUGGUUUCACAGAACAACGGUGGAGCCACAAGCUCGGGGUCGAGGUACAAGGGGAAAUCUGCACCCUCAGAGAUGAAGUGGAUAUUAAGAUUUGCAGCUGUCCCAUCAGGGAUGUCUGGGACUCUCUAGAUGCUCAGUAUAUAUAUCUCACUUGGAUGACCUGGCGUCUGCGCGGCGCAUCUUGGGAAUUAUAGUUUCUGGUCUGUGGGUGCUGUCAUCUGUGCACCUUGGAGGGUGGUAAACGCCACCAUCUUGCCUGGGGCUCCAGUCUUCUGAGUUCUAUCCCAGGCGCUCAGGAUUGGUGGGGGCGGGCCAAUGCACGUGGAUGCGCGUGGAUUGGGCCUGUGUGUCGUGGGCGGAGUCGCGCAUGCUCAUUUGGGCGGUGGGCCUGGAGCGUAUCAAGAUGUCGACCGCGACGGUUCCGGAGCUGAAGCAGAUCAGUCGGGAGGAAGCAAUGCGCUUGGGACCCGGCUGGAGCCACUCUUGCCAUGCCAUGUUGUAUGCCGCCAACCCCGGGCAGCUCUUCGGUCGUAUUCCCAUGCGGUUUUCAGUGCUGAUGCAGAUGCGCUUCGACGGGCUGCUGGGCUUCCCCGGGGGUUUUGUGGACCGGCGCUUCUGGUCACUGGAGGAUGGCUUGAACCGUGUGCUGGGCCUGGGCCUGGGCGGCCUGCGCCUUACCGAAGCUGACUACCUGAGCUCACACCUAACUGAGGGUCCACAACGCGUGGUGGCACAUCUGUAUGCACGGCAGCUGACACUGGAGCAGCUGCAUGCUGUGGAGAUUAGCGCUGUUCACUCGCGGGACCACGGUCUGGAGGUGCUGGGCCUGGUACGUGUCCCACUGUACACCCAGAAGGAUCGAGUAGGAGGCUUUCCUAACUUCCUGAGCAAUGCCUUCGUCAGCACUGCCAAGUACCAGCUCCUAUUUGCCCUUAAAGUACUCAACAUGAUGCCCUCGGAAAAGUUGGCCGAAGCCUUAGCCUCGGCCACAGAGAAACAGAAGAAGGCCCUAGAAAAGCUGCUCCCGGCCUCAUCCUGAGGAGUUUCCUGUGUGGGUUCUUGCCCUCCCUCGGCUGUCUCUGCCCACAGGCCCUGGAAUUCCCGAGAAGUGUGCCUUCUAGCGUGUUUGGCUUUUGCACCCCUUCUGACUGCAAGGGACAAGCAGGCAGCUGUUCAUCUUUACUGUCCCAAGCAGUCCCUGGGACCUAACUACCCUCUCAGGUUUGUUCAGUGGGGUGGCCUGGGCCUGGCUUUUCAAGCUGAGGAUGUUCUCACUCAUUCCAAGGCUCAGACUGUCCUGUGAGUCUGUUCAUGACAGGUGGAGGCCCAGCUAGAGCCCACUUUUCCGAGGCAACCACUUGGUUGGUACAUGGCUCCUGGACUGGUCAGGGGUUUCAUUCAGUGGAGGUGACCCAUGUUAGACCACUCCUUUCCUUAGCCCAGAACCUGAUCCAGCUUGCAAUAGGCUGUUAUUCAUUUGGGUUGUUGUUGGGUUUUUCUGUUAGAUUUUUCUUUCUUGGUGUGUAAACUGUGGGUUGCUUUCAGAGUGGCUGUGCCACACAUGGCUUGGUUCCUCCUCCCCAGAAGGGCUCAGCUCUGUGGAACUGAGGAAACAAGACAAUAAAGCCAUUCCUCUGAUGCUCA